AUGAAAAUAAAAAGCGAGCGGUGGUCAGUUUCAUACAAUUUUUUGGCAACGACCGGCCGAUUUUUGGUUUCUUUGAGGAAGUACGACAGCAAAAGGAUAUGUAAGUGUGUUUUGUGAUACUAUUUUGAGUUCAUGAUACUGAAUGUUGUGUAUGAUGUUAAAAAGUUUUCAAUGUUUGGAACUAUCAAAUAUUUUUAGGAGGCAUGAGUAAAGAAAAAUAAUAUAUAUUUUGAGGGUGUGGUAAAUAAUUUUCAAAUGUUAAAUUUAUAGAAAAGUAUUGAAAGUUUAAUUAAUUCUAUAUGAUUUGGCGUGUUUUUGAAACUAAAAUCCACGUUUUAGGUCGCCGACCGCCGUCUCGAGUACCGUCAACAAGAGCCGCCAGUUCAAUCUGGCCCAAGCCACCAACAGUCGCAUUGGUAAGGCUUUUAAAUUUUAAAAAUACUUGCGAUGGUUUUUUCAUUUUUUGCUUUGUAAAGAAAGUUUUUGGUCCUUUUUUGAAUUUUAUGUAUAGCUAUUUUGUGUUCUGUCAUUUCGAAUUUUGGAAUAGUAUCAUGUCAUCUUAGGGCACUGUUUAAAUGCUUUAGACCACUAUUUGAUUUAUAUAUGGCUACAUAAUUUUUCUGUUGUUAAAAAUAGCUCGAUUCUUUUAAAAAAUGACAAAAACUUUCUUUCCAACUUAAAAUUUUCUUUUAAUUUUUUAAUAUAAUUUUUAAUAAUUUUAGUUCGUUUGUUUUAGUCUAGAACGUGAACCAUAAAGUAGUUAAUGUAAGUGUUUUGACAAUUUUAAAAACCAAUAUUGUUGUUAAUAAUGAAAAAGAAACUUUUUCGUUUUUUAUAUUAUAAAUUUGUGAUUUUUACAAUUUUUUUAAUGUAAAAUGUUCAAAAAGCUUUACUAAUGUAUCAAAUGAAACUUAAGAUUACAGGUGUAUAACAUCAUCCCGAUAUUGAAUUGUCCCAACAAUUGUUGCAACAAAGACGAAUUCCACGAUUUUCUGGAAAGGUACGGGAUUAUUGCGAGAAAGGUGAAAGUAAGUGCAUUUUUUAAAAAAUUUUUUUAAUUAAAAUAUUUUUUAAUGUGAAUUAUAUUAGUCCCUACCCUUCCAUAAAAUUUCAUAUCUCGCCAUGCCCUGCCCCAAUAUCCUACUUCACCCCUAAAACCCAUGUUUUUUGUUAUAAACUGUAAAUUUACCUUAAACUUUACAGAUUCCCGAACGUAAAUUCAUCAAAAAGCAUACCCAGUUGUUUCAGAUCGACUACAAACCGGCGUGUCGAAUUGUAUAUUCGCAAAUUCCACCACGAAAGAAGGAAACCGCUGCUCAGAAGAGAACACAGACGCUGAUGAGAAACUUAUUGUAUAGGCCUGAUGAUGAAUACUUGUCUGCAUUCUACUUCUACGCGGCUAUUGGCUUUAUGUUCUACAAGGACAAGUUUCAGCCAUUGACGGCCAAGCAGUUCUAUAGCGCUUAUUACAUUGUUGGCGAGUCGGAUCCAGAAGGCGAACAGUAA